GGGCCCCAGCUGAGGUUCCGCCUGGCCGGUUACCCCCGCAAGCACAACGAGGGCCGCGUCGAGGUCUUCUACAACGACGAGUGGGGAACCAUCUGCGACGACGACUUCACGCUGGGCAACGCGCACGUGCUGUGCCGGCACCUGGGCUUCGUGGCUGCCACCGGCUGGGCACACAGCGCCAAGUACGGCAAAGGAGUCGGGCGGAUCUGGCUGGACAAUGUCAACUGUGCCGGAAGCGAGAAGAGCAUCGGGGACUGCAAACACCGGGGCUGGGGGAACAGCGACUGCAGCCACGAGGAAGAUGCAGGUGUUGUCUGCAAGGAUGAACGCAUUCCAGGCUUCAAGGACUCCAACGUCAUCGAGACCGAGCAGAGCCACGUGGAGGAGGUCCGGCUGCGGCCGGUGGUGUCCGGGGGGCGGCGGCAGCUGCCGGUGACAGAGGGCAUCGUGGAGGUGCGCUACAAGGACAGCUGGGCACAGAUCUGCGACCAGGGCUGGGACAGCCACAACAGCCGUGUCAUCUGUGGCAUGAUGGGCUUCCCGGCAGAGAAGAAAGUCAACAGGAACUUCUACAAGCUCUUCACAGAGCGGCAGCAGCUCAACUACCGCCUGCACUCGGUGUCCUGCACGGGGACAGAGGUGCACCUGUCCAUGUGCUCCUUCGAGUUCUACCGGGGGAACUCCUCAGCAGCCUGCAGGGCCGGCAUGCCCGCUGUGGUCAGCUGCGUGCCCGGGCCCCUCUUCGCCACUGGCAAUGCCCACAAGAAGAAGCAGCGCCAGCAGCAGCAGCAGCAGGGCCAGCCCCGGAUCCGGCUGAAGGGCGGUGCGAGGAUCGGUGAGGGCCGUGUUGAGGUGCUCAAGAGCAGCGAGUGGGGCACGAUCUGCGACGACCGCUGGAACCUGCAGUCGGCCAGCGUCGUGUGCCGCGAGCUGGGCUUCGGCAGCGCCAAGGAGGCUCUCACCGGGGCACGCAUGGGGCAAGGGACGGGCCCCAUCCACCUGAACGAGGUGCAGUGCCGGGGCACCGAGAAGUCCCUGUGGAACUGCCCCUUCAGGAACAUCACACAGGAGGACUGCAAGCACACGGAGGACGCGGCUGUUCGCUGCAACAUCCCCUACAUGGGCUACGAGAACCUGAUCCGCCUGGCCGGCGGGAGGACGGAGUUUGAGGGCCGCGUGGAGGUGAAACGAGGCAGUAAGUGGGGCACGGUCUGCAGCGAUGGCUGGACCACCAAGGAGGCCAUGGUGGCCUGUCGUCAGCUCGGCCUGGGCUACUCCCUGCACGCGGUGACGGUAGGUGCCAGCGGGGAGGGCCCCGGUGACGCCCUGGCGAGCGCAGGCACCGGCCGGCACUUCCCAAAUGACCGUGGGGCUGCAUGGGGACAGAUGGGGACAGAGGGAUGUGGCUGCUCCAUGUCACAGGACAGGACCCAUGUGGGCAGCUAGGGGCAG